AUGUGGUUGCAGUUAAUUUUUGUUAACUAUUUAGACUCCCAGUUUCUUUAUAUUUCUUUCUUUCUUUUCUUUUACGGCUUUUCUUUCCUUCUUUGGUUAUUUUUCUUGCGUUUUACGUUUGUUUUACAUCGUUUAUUCAUUCAUGGAAUUGUUUCAUUAAUAUUUUUAUUCAUUCAUUCAUAUUUUCCGUAUUCGUUCGUUCGUUCGUUCUUUCUUGCUUUCUUUCUUUUUGUUCUUUUUCCGUUACUCUUUUCUUUCUUUCUUAUUUCAUUCAUUUUUUCCUUUUUUUUCUUUCUUCCUUUCUUUUCUUUCUUUCUUUAUUUUCUAUCGGCCCAUUUGUUUCUUUUGCUUCAAAUCUAUUUUUUCUUCUUUCCUUCCUUCUUUCUUUUCUUCUCUUCUUCCUUUCUUCUACACUCCUUUUUUCUUUCUUUCUUUGUACUUCUUCUUACUGAUUUAAUUUUUGUUUUCCCUGUUCAUUGCUUAAACGUCUUUUCUUUCUUUCUUUCUUUCUUUCUUUCUUUCUUUCUUUCUUUGUACUUCUUACUGAUUUACUAUAUUUGUUUUCCCCAUUUAUUGCUUAUGCGUCUAUUCUUUCUUUCUUUCCUUCCUUCCUUCCUUCCUUUCUUUCUUCUUACCUUCCUUCCUUCUUUCUUUCUUUCUUUUUUCCGUCCUUCCUUCGUUGCUUGA